GGCUGCCUUUAUCAUCCUGAUUUCUUGUAGACUCAGUUAAUGUAAGGUAUUAUGUAGACUCAGUUAAUGUAAGUAUCUGUUCACCUUAUAUUUUCAACAGCUCAAUUCCAUUCAUGAGCUUUCUGAAAUUAAAUGAUAGUCAAAUCAUCUUUGAGGGUUGCCUUUAUCUUCCUGGUGUCUUACAAAAUAAAAUUCUUGAAUGCAAUAAUAACUGUGGACCUUUAGGUGUUACUGAGCUUUUUUUUUAAUUUUAUUUGGGAAAUGUAUUAUAGGUCAUUAUCUGCCUGGAGGAGUAAACAUUGAAGCUAACAUUGUGGCAUCUGAAGACAAAUCUGGUCAUGAUGACACGUUAAACUGGGUGGCAGAAAGUCUGAAAUUCUCUGUUAAACAACCUGUAAGUGAAACUAGAGAGCUUGCAGAGCUUCACUUAAAGCGGGAAAAUUUUGUAUUUUUAAUACGCCCAGAACCUAUAUAUGUGUAUGCAUUUGAGCUACGCCCAAAAGUUUUGAUAUUUACAAGAAAAGCUCUGUUUUUUGUCUGUGUACUUUCUUCAUGAUUGAUUUCAAACUCUACGAAUGUGGGGGGACAGUUGAUAAAGGGGAUAGCUUUUCGUGUGAUUUAGAUCCAAUCUCUGUUUGUGGAUAAUGAUGAGUACUUGUGUGGAGAAUCUCAUUGUUUCGAAACCAUACUUAUUAGACCCUUCCUUGUACCUCAAGGCUCUCAAAUUAUGCAGCUACCAAACCCUCGAGAAACAGUUUGUGUUGAUCCAUGGGAACUCUGUCACAAAUGGGUUCAUCUCGAAUCUCCACUUGAACAACAGCUUGGUGAACUUAUACGCAAGACACGGAGAUAUGAAACACGCGCGCAAACUGUUCGAUAGAAUGCCUGAAAGAGAUGUUGUUUCUUGGACAGCUAUGAUCUCGGGGUAUUCUGGAUGCGGGUAUCACCUGAGCGCGUUUCUGUUGUUUAAACAGAUGCGGCGGGAGCCUGUUAGAGCUAAUGACUUCACUUAUGGGAGUGUUUUGAAGUCAUGCAAAGGUUUGGGAUGUUUGAAAGAAGGGAUGCAGGUACAUGGGUGUGUGGAGAAAGGGAGAUUUGUAGAGAACUUGGUUGUGAGGAGUGCGUUGCUUUGUCUUUAUGCUAAGUGUGGUAAGAUGGAGGAUGCUCGUCUUCUGUUUGAGUCAAUGAAAGAAAGAGAUUUGGUUUCUUGGAAUAUAAUCAUCCAUGGGUAUACUGCUUCUGCUGCAGAUACUUCGUUUGGUCUGUUUCAGCUGAUGCUCGCGGAAGGGAAGAAGCCAGAUUGUUAUACCUUUGGGAGCCUCUUGAGAGCUUCUAUCCAAGUUAACUGUCUUGAAAUGGUCAGUGAAUUGCACGGGUUUGCCAUCAAGCUUGGCUUCAAGAGAUCAGAUGUUGCACUGGUCAGGUCUCUGAUCGUUGCGUAUGCCAAGUGUGGUAGCCUUGGCAAUGCUUUGAAACUGUACGACCGCACGAUGAAAGGAGACUUGAUAUCUUGCACUGCUAUAAUCACAGGUCUUGCACAGCAGAACAACUUCACAAGUGAUGCUUUUGAUAUCUUCAAAGAGAUGAUACUGAUGAAAACUCAGAUGGAUGAGGUUGUAGUAUCCUCAAUGCUUAAAAUAUGCACCACCAUUGCAUCCAUAUCCAUCGGAAGACAGAUCCACUGCUUCGCCUUAAAAUCCUCCCAAAUCAGAUUUGAUGUUGCUUUGCGUAACUCUCUGAUAGAUAUGUAUGCAAAGUCUGGGGAGAUUGAGGAUGCAGUCCUUGCUUUCGAAGAGAUGGAAGAGAAAGAUGUGAGAUCAUGGACCUCUUUGAUUUCAGGAUACGGAAGACAUGGAGAUAUAGAGAAAGCAAUAAGUCUUUAUAACAGAAUGGAGCAGGAAGGGAUCAAACCGAACGACGUCACAUUUCUUGCUCUCCUCUCUGCUUGUAGCCAUACAGGAGAGACCGAGAUUGGGUGGAAGAUUUUAAACACAAUGAUCAACAAGUACGGUAUCAAAGUUCGAGAAGAGCAUUUAUCUUGCAUGGUAGAUAUGCUUGCACGCGGUGGAAACUUGGAAGAUGCUUAUGAACUGAUAAGAAGUGAAAAUAGCAUCACGAGUCUGAGCUCAUCAACAUGUGGAGCUUUUCUUGAUGCGUGCAGGAGACAUGGGGAUGUGCAACUCAGCCAAGUAGCAGCAGCGCAGCUUCUGAGUAUGGAACCGAAGAAACCAGUCAAUUAUAUUAACCUGGCAAGCGUAUAUGCAUCUAAUGAAGAUUGGGACAAUGCUUUGAAGACUAGGAAGCUUAUGAAAGAGACUGGUUCUUGCAAUAAAUCUCCUGGAUACAGCAUUGUGUAUUGAACAGAAGGCUAUAAGACAACAAUCUCAAUAGAGGUUUUAAAGACAAUGUAGUACAAAUGUUUUAACACUGAAGUGAAGUUGAUGAGGCUAUAAAUAUCUUAAGGUUUCAGGGAGUCGCAAUAA